GCCUAAUGCAGUUGUCAGUUAAUUAGGGGAGAAGGUUAUGUCAUUAACGGCAGGAUCGAUACAAAGGGAAUUAACAUGCUCGGCCAGCGCCACCGCUAGCUCUCCGCGCGGGUCGCGGGCCGAGGGUCGAACUCCACGAAAAUUCCGUACGCAUUAGUCGACCAUCAGCUGCCGCUCGGGGCUCUGGGCGGGCGGAGCGUCAGAGCUGGGCCGGAGGCGGGAGGCCGGGCCGGAAGAGCGCCCCUGCCUGGGUAGCCCCGGAGUCCUGGCGCAGCGCGGUCCGGUCUUCACUGCUGGAGGCCCUCGGAGGCAGAUUCACCUUGCCCACUGGACCAGUGAAUGUGAAGUAAUCAGAUGGCCAGCCUGGCAGCUACAAUACACAGGAGAUGUGUGCAAUGAAUGUUAGAUCUGACUGAAUGCUCCCAAAUCAAUUGGACUGCCCCCAGAGACUUGGCUGGCAAUGAACGAGAGUGUGAGGUGCUUUUGACACAUGCAUUCAGGACCUGAUUUGAGCAAAGGUGUCUGCUUAACAGUCCUGAGGGCAAUUUUCUCUCCUGAUUGAUUCGUAACUUUCCAUCUUAAUGGAAAAUAAGGCAAGUGUAAAGGAAGUAGUUUUCUCCUUGAACCAGAAAUCCUUGUUGUGCUUUCCUUUCUGAACUUAGGGGGUACUAUAUCCUUUUAUCUGAAAAGGGGUUACAGAGGCCAAAGUUUGCUGGGAGAUGGUGCAAAGGUAUAGGAGUUGGGAAUAGGAGCUCAACUCACACAAUCCCCAAUGACUUGGGAGAACUCGAAGACUAGAGAAUCUGUGGAGGUCAAGAAACUGUCCUUGCCAAGAGAGAUUGUGCCAUUGCACUCCAGCCUGGGCAACAAGAGUGAAAUUUCAUCUCAAAAAAAAAAAAAAAAGACACUGUCCUUGAUGGCUGAACAACUGCACAUAACAGAUUAGGUCUUUAGCUACCACAGCCUAGAGCCUGGGGCUGGGAGUCUCACCUGUUCCCUGGGAUAAGGUUCUUCAUUUGAACCUACACUGACUGCUGCAAUUUGCCAUGAGCUCAUAUGAGUCAUUGACAUCAAUGCAAUUUAUAAAAUUUGUAGACAGUACAAAUAUAUUUGAUGUUAUGGUUUUAAACUAGUUUGGAAGUUCUUUACCACAGUAGUAUAAGCCUCCUACCCCUAGAGCUUAAUAGCACAGGAUUUGGAGCAAACAGACCCAGGUUCCAAUCCCAGCUCACUGCUGACCUGACUGCUUCUUACCUCAACUUUCUGAGCCUCAAGUUUGUCAUCUAUAAGGCAGGAAUAAUUGUACCUACUUGGAAGAGUUGUUGUGAAGAUUAAAUUAGACACUAGAGUGAGAGUUUAAGAAAUAGUAGCAAUUAUUAAAAUUGUUGGCCGGGCAUGGUGGCUCACGCCUGUAAUCCCAGCACUUUGGGAGGCCGAGGUGGGCGGAUCACGAGAUCAAGAGAUUGAGACCAUCAUGGCCAACAUGGUGAAACCCCAUCUCUACUAAAAAUACAAAAAUUAGCUGGGCAUGGUGGCACGUGCCUGUGGUCCCAGCUACUCGGGAGGCUGAGGUGGAAGAAUUGCUUGAACCCAGGAGGCGGAGGUUGCAGUGAGCUGACAUUGCGUCACAGCACUCAGCCUGGCAACAGAGCAAACUCUUUUUUUUCUUUUUUUUAUGCCCGGUGUCUCGGCGCUUGAGGAUAGAGCUAGCAGAUGGGAAGUCACCAGCACCGAAGACAUGAUGCCAAGGGGGCCAGAGCCCUUUCCCUCUUCCUCUGUACAUUACGGGUAGCAGGACCACAAGCCCAGUCCCUGCCAAGGAAAGGAGGGUCAGCGGAGUUGGCCUUCUCUCUUCCCGCAUUACCUCUGGCCGAGCUGCAGCCGCCUCCGCCUGUUACAGAGGAGGAUGCUCAGGAUAUGGAUGCCUAUACCCUAGCCAAGGCCUACUUUGAUGUUAAAGAGUAUGAUCGGGCAGCACAUUUCCUGCAUGGCUGCAAUAGCAAGAAAGCCUAUUUUCUGUAUAUGUAUUCCCGAUAUCUGUCUGGAGAAAAAAAGAAGGACGAUGAAACAGUUGAUAGCUUAGGUCCCUUGGAAAAAGGACAAGUGAAAAAUGAAGCUCUUAGAGAACUGAGAGUAGAGCUCAGCAAAAAACACCAAACUCGGGAACUUGAUGGAUUUGGACUUUAUCUGUAUGGUGUGGUGCUUCGAAAACUGGACUUGGUGAAAGAGGCCAUUGAUGUGUUUGUGGAGGCUACUCAUGUUUUGCCCUUGCAUUGGGGAGCCUGGUUAGAACUCUGUAACCUGAUCACAGACAAAGAGAUGCUGAAGUUCCUGUCUUUGCCAGACACCUGGAUGAAAGAGUUUUUUCUGGCUCAUAUAUACACAGAGUUGCAGUUGAUAGAGGAGGCCCUGCAAAAGUAUCAGAAUCUCAUUGAUGUGGGCUUCUCUAAGAGCUCAUAUAUUGUUUCCCAAAUUGCAGUUGCCUAUCACAAUAUCAGAGAUAUUGACAAAGCCCUCUCCAUUUUUAAUGAGCUAAGGAAACAAGACCCUUACAGGAUUGAAAAUAUGGACACAUUCUCCAACCUUCUUUAUGUCAGGAGCAUGAAAUCGGAGUUGAGUUAUCUGGCUCAUAACCUCUGUGAGAUUGAUAAAUAUCGUGUAGAAACAUGCUGUGUAAUUGGCAAUUAUUACAGUUUACGUUCUCAGCAUGAGAAAGCAGCGUUAUAUUUCCAGAGAGCCCUGAAAUUAAAUCCUCGGUAUCUGGGUGCCUGGACACUGAUGGGACAUGAGUACAUGGAGAUGAAGAACACAUCUGCUGCUAUCCAGGCUUAUAGACAUGCCAUUGAAGUCAACAAGCGGGACUACAGAGCUUGGUAUGGCCUUGGGCAGACCUACGAAAUCCUUAAGAUGCCAUUUUACUGCCUUUAUUAUUAUAGACGGGCCCACCAGCUUCGACCCAAUGAUUCUCGAAUGCUGGUUGCUUUAGGAGAAUGUUAUGAGAAACUCAAUCAACUAGUGGAAGCCAAAAAGUGUUAUUGGAGAGCUUAUGCUGUGGGAGAUGUGGAGAAAAUGGCUCUGGUGAAACUGGCAAAGCUUCAUGAACAAUUGACUGAGUCAGAACAGGCUGCCCAGUGUUACAUCAAAUAUAUCCAAGAUAUCUAUUCCUGUGGGGAAAUAGUAGAACACUUGGAGGAAAGCACUGCUUUCCGCUAUCUGGCCCAGUACUAUUUUAAGUGCAAACUGUGGGAUGAAGCUUCAACUUGUGCACAAAAGUGUUGUGCAUUCAAUGAUACCCGGGAAGAAGGUAAGGCCUUACUCCGGCAAAUCCUACAGCUUCGGAACCAAGGCGAGACUUCCACCACUGAGGUGCCUGCUCCUUUUUUCCUGCCUGCUUCACUGUCUGCUAACAACACCCCCACACGCAGAGUUUCUCCACUGAACUUGUCUUCUGUCACGCCAUAGUUGGCUACUCUCGAGCCAGCAUAUUGUUAGACUCAUCUUAAUUAAGCCUUACCUCUAUGUAACAAACAGUACGUCUGUUCCAAGGACCUCAGCUCUUGUUUCUAUAGAUGGCCACAGCGCCAUAGGGACAGCUUGUAUAAUUACCCUCAGAGGCUGACUGACAGAAUACUGGCAGGAACAGACAUUGUCUUGCCAGUUAGAAGCACUUCUAUCUCACUUGUGUCCAGAGUGGUUUUAGAUCUUGGCCUUCUCUGAGUGCUUUUUUAAAUUUUUUUGCUGCCAAGAAAGUCCCUUUAAUAGCACUUUAGCACAGGCAAUGCUACAGGAAGUGUCAGUGCUGCUGAGUGGAAGAAAGGCAAAGAAAGGAGGAAACUCUGCCACUCUACCCUCAGCUGGCAGUAGUAGGGCACUGAGUACCCUAGGAAGAAGUCAGAGCAAUGGAUACAAAAGACCUUGCUCUUAAGAUUUGCUGAGCAGGAUCCCUAUUCUGAUGUCAGAGAUUAGGUUUAAGUGGAAUAGAGCUAUCCAUUUGUUCUUACUCUACAGAGACGAUCUUCCAAAAGUUUUGAGGGGUCUUCUAAAAGCUUUCAAAUUGGAAGUAAAUUACUAGAGUUGAAUAAAAGGUCAAAAAAGAAUCUCACAGAGCUUGGGACUGCUGAUAGCCCUUACUGAGGGCAAAAGAUGGCUAUAUUGUUAGCUAUACUCCUACCAAAGCAAAGCAAGGAGGUAGGAUUAUAGAUAAUUUCACAGACAUUUGGAAAUAAUGUUUGUGACUCUACAAGAAUAAACUCACUUCAAGCUGAUCUGUUUUAAUGAAUUUUCAAUGUAAUUGUCUAUUAUUUUUUCCCUCCCAUCUGCAACAGAAUACAUUUUUUCAGCCUUUAUCUAGAUGAGAUAAAGGAAAUCAUUCUUGUGGUGCUCUUGGAGUUUCAGGCCUGUGCAUAUGUAUGCAGCAGGAGGUAAUAUGCUAUGUCUGCUGUAAUGAAUUUGUACAGUAGAUGCUAUGGAUCAUUCUGAGCUCAGGGUCCAGACUUCAUUCUUAUUCCCAGAAAUUUGUGUUACCUUUUUACCUCCUAACAUAUGACACUUCAUCUUAUAUUAAGGAAGGUUUAGAAUAUCUAAUACUACUUGAAUUCAUUUCUUACUAAGCCUUCUUAGGCGAGCUGUAUACUAGUUACUAGUCUCCACUGCCAUGCUUUUUCAAGGUUCCCCAUGGUCCACAAUGAUGUUUGAUUCUCAAUUUUUCUGUCGCCUUUAUAAUUUGUUUUAAUGGUUUUGCUACAUUUGGAAUUCAAUAAAAAAUGUGAACAAUAA